CUGCUUGCCCCUGCCCUGUCUCCAGGUGAAGCUCUACCAUCGAGCCAUGUCCUGCUGCAACCCGUGCGUGCCCUGCCAGCCCUGCGGCCCGACCCCGCUGGCCAACAGCUGCAAUGAGCCCUGUGUCAGGCAGUGCCAGAGCUCCACCAUCGCCAUCCAGCCCUCCGCCGUGGUGGUGACCCUGCCCGGCCCCAUCCUCAGCUCCUUCCCACAGAACACCGUUGUGGGCUCCUCCACCUCCGCUGCCGUUGGCAGCAUCCUCAGCUCCGAGGGAGUGCCCAUCAACUCCGGGGGCUUUGACCUCUCCUGCAUCACCAACCGUUACUGCCGCAGACCCUGCUAA